AUGUCUUUCCCCGUUUAUCUCAAAAAUGGCGAUCAAGUCAAAGUCAAUGACCAUGUUUACUGUUCGCCCAGUUGGGACACACGGGACGGCACGCCUUACUCAGUGGCGCGCAUUAUGCAAUUCUUGCCACCUGCUGAUGCACCAAAAGGCGAGGAGGGCAAAAAUUACCUGUACACUCGUGUUCGACUCGCCUGGUAUUAUCGACCCAGCGAUGUGAGUGACCGACCUGUGGCAGAUUCUCGCCUCCUUCUCGCUGCGAUAUAUUCGGAAGUAUGCGACAUCAAUCAACUUCGCGCCAAGUGCCACGUGGUCCAUCGAGACAAAAUUUCCGACUUGUCUGGCUGGAAGAAACGUCCUGAUAGAUUUUACUUCAAUCGUCUUUUCGAUCCUUACAUCAAAAAGGAAUUCGAAGUUAUACCAUCUCAGAAUGUUCGGAAUCUUCCCGACUCGAUUCGAGAUGUCCUCAUUUCUCGCUACGAGUAUGUCGUCGCGGAGAAAGAGGUCAUACCAGACCUGACCGAUCACGUCCGUUUAUGUGACAGCUGUCAAGGAUGGUGCCCAAGUCCGGAUACCGUCCAAUGUGACCGCUGUAAACGAUACUUUCACAUGCGCUGCGUGCAACCUCCCCUCAUGGCCAAACCAUCUCGAGGUUAUGGGUGGACUUGCGCCCCAUGUUCAAGAAAACAUGAGCAAGAGGUCGACAGCCACGAAAUUCGACAUCCCACUCCAGUGCCCCCAAAGCCGAAGUCCAACCUACCCGCUCCAAGGGGUCGUGGACGUCCACGAAAAGAUCGGUCUCUAGCAGAGAAGCAGGAGAACUUGCCCGUCAAGCAUUUCAAUCUGUGGCCAUUUCGUUAUUUCGGGUGA